CACGAUGUUACCUACCCGUUUAUGAGUUCAAACAAUAACAAACAAGUGGUAUGGUGCUUUUUAAAUAAAACUUCAGUUUCUGUCAAAAGUGUAAAAAAUGAGCGAUUCUUCAGAAGAACCUCCUCCCAUCAUCGUGAGAAACGCAACUAGUCUUCAGAGGCUAAAGUUGGAGAAAUUAAUGAAGAAUCCUGAAAAACCAAUUUUGAUCCCAGAAAGGCAGAAAGAAAGGAAACUUCCUCAUGUACCGGAUUUUGUUAGAAAUGUCAUGGGGUCGAGUGCUGGCGCCGGGAGUGGCGAGUUCCAUGUUUAUAGACAUUUGAGGCGUAAAGAAUAUGCAAGGCAGAAAUACAUACAAGAAAGAGGUCAAAAGAUAUUAAGAGAUGAGGCAUAUCAACGUAAGCUUGAGGAUAACAAGAAAGCGGCUGCAGAGAAGACUGCUAAAAAGAGGGCUAAAAGGUUGAAGAAAAAAGAAAACCUUAAGAAAAAAAAGCUUUUGCUCAAGAGCAAGCCCAAAAGUGAGAGUGAUAGCAGAAAAAGUGAAAGCGAAUUUAGUGAUAGUGACGUUAGUGACAAUGAGGAUAGUGAUAUCGUCAAGCCGAAGGAGGAAAACGGCAACCAAGAAAGCCAUGAGGUUGGAGGAACUGAUAAAGAAAAUGACAAUGAACAGACUGAGAAAAUGAUAGUAGAUGAAGCCAAAGAGGAAGAACCUUCUAAACAAACUAAUAAAAAUGAAUCGAACGAAGGGGAGGAGAGUAAUAAACAAACGGUUGAUGAACCAACAUCAGUGUGUCUGAAUUAAUACAAUUAAUACAAACUUAAUUGUAAUGUUUUUGUAAAUAAAUAUAUAUGUAAACUCUU